AUGGCAGGCGACCCUACCCCGGCAUCUGCCCCCCCGCAAACGUGGGCGCCCGCGGACGGUCACUGGGGACCACGAUGUGCCAGAGGUGGGUCCCCCGAUCAUCCUCAGACAUUCAAACCGACUUAUAGUGUCCAGAGACGCCGUAAUCAACUUCGAGUAGCCCAACAAGCGUACCGGAAGCGCAAAGAAACCACAAUUAGCAACCUGCAAACCCGAGUGCAACAACUGGAAGCUGGCAUUGAGAAAUUUAGCCAGUCCUUCCUCUCCUUUAGUAAUAUGCUCCUAGAAGCCCGCGUGCUGCAAAGCCACCCAGAAAUCGCCAGAUCCCUUCAAGAAAUCACUCAAGAGUGCGUGACACUAGCCCAGCAGGGAAGCAAUGACACGGACGGAAAGGUCGAGGCAGAGGCACCAUCGAGCGAUGACAACAAACAACCUGCACCCCAUCCAUCUCAAGCUGUGAUUGCGAACAAAGAGUCUGAUCUAUUCCGUGACUAUGCCAUAAACCAAAUGCCGCAGUCAAUAUCGAAAGCCAAGUGGCCGAACAUGUUGCAGUCCCCGCUGUCGCCACAACAGCAAAGGCCCUUUCCGGACUUGUCCUUCCGCCCUUAUGAACUUGUACUAUCAACAGAUGCUUCUUUAACAGACUCUCAUUCCUCUCCAGAGUUGCUCACUCCACCGGAUACCGAGUUACCUAGCGGCAUGGCGCAAGAGGAUUUAUGGAGCCUUGCUCACCGGAUUGUUCGAGAAUGUUGCAAGAACGGGUACCGCCUGUUAGUGGAGCAGUUUCACAGGACCGAAAAGAUCAAAGAAGUCUUUGGCGGACCUCUCACCCUAAGCGAACGAAACCGCAAAAUUUCAGGCUUCCUGUCCGUGGUUAACGGCUCGGCUGGAGACGCCUUAGAGUUGCGGGCUAAUGUGAUCGGGUUUGUGAAGAAACUGAAAGAUGACAUGUUUCCAUUAUCGGACGAGUACAAAAAUGUGCCCCCGACAUGGAAGAUAGUCCUCGAGGCAGACCCUGCUGAGUGGCUGGAUGCAAAUGGUAUACAGAAGCUAUUAUAUGACAGGGGGCUUCUCGCUGAAGAGAGAAGUCUGCCGAAUGGCGGGGUUGUGCUCACUCCAAAUUCCCGGCUGAAUGUUGCAGCUUUCGUCAGUGCGUUAUCUCUGGGCCCUGUGUGUAUUGGCCUUGGGCCGGCUUUCCGUCGACUCGAUGUGGAAAAUGCAUUGCUCCUGGCGACGUCGUUGGAUCCGUUAGAUCCGUGGUCAUACCAGAACCCAUGCAGCACGGAUGACUAUUUUGAGAUGCCAGAUGUGCUAUGGGAUCAACCAUAA